AUGCAAGACACCGCGGCGGCCUCUGAAGUCGCCCCGCAGCCUUCCGCGGGAAUUGCGGCCUGCCCCCAACCGCCCCUCCGCGAACCCGACAAGGCCAAGAAUGCGGCCAACCAUCCACCUCCCGCGGAGGAGCGCCGCGCGCACGCCCACCAGCGCGCACACUCACCCUACCGCGACGCCCCUCCGCCGCCACACCCGUCGCACCGCGCGUUGCAGCCGCCCUCCGUGAGCCCUCUCCGUCCGCCGCGGCCACGUCACCACUGGCGAUCCGCGUCAGUCAGCGCAGCGGAAGAGAUUGCGGCGGCGGCAGCAGCAGCAGGAGCUGAUCCCGCCGACCACGCCACCAUGCGCGCCGAGGAUGACGGCGAAAUCUCCGUCACGUGCUUCGGCGCCCCCGGCAGCCGCGGACGUGCGUGGCUCGGCGGAAAGGCGUCCGCCGUAAGCGGCGCGUCCGCCGCGGCGCUGGCUCCGUCCGCCUCGAAGCGAUGGCGGCGGCUCAAGGAGCAAUGGCGGCAUGCGGAGGGGCAGGGGGAGGGGGAUUCCGGGGAGGCGGAGGAGGAAGAGCGUUCGGAGGCGGGGAUAGAACACGCUGCAGCGAGCGCUGAGAGCAGCAGAAGUAGCGGGGGUUUGAACGGGGGCGCGGAGGAUGGUGGCGCAGAUGCGAGGAGAGCAGCGCUUCCAGAGAAAAAACCCGGGCUGAGGGGCAGAGCGGGGCCGUGGGGCUUCCGCUCCUUGUCCGUCACCGCCAUUACCAACCCAGCUUCCGAACCUGACUCUUCCGAAGGUACUUCCGAGGCUAGGCCCGGGGCAGCGGAGGGGGGGAUGGUGAGUGGCAGUGGCAGUGGCAGUGGCAGUGGCAGUGGCAGUGGCAGUGGCAGUGGCUGUGUGCAGAGCACCGCGAGCAGCUCAGGGGCUGGUGGGGGAAAAGAGGACCCAGCCGCACCUGACGGCACGCACGAAGCCUUUUCAGACGCAGUGGGGCGCCGCAGCGUUAGUGCCAUUGCUGCUGCUGCUGCUGCUGCUGACAGCAUUGAUGGCAGGAAUUGGAGUGGCGAGUUGCAGCGUGGUGGUGGUGGCGGUGCGGGCCCAGCAGCAGCCCUGCUGCGCAUGCCCAAGUCCCGCUCCGUCUCCGCCGCCCUGCCCUCCCGCCCACCCGUCACACGCACAGCGCCACACGCAGGGGCCUCGGACGCAGAUAGGCCGGGUGACGGGCGGAGGAGCGCGGGAGCAGGGGAGCGUGAUCGGGGCGGUGGUGUGCAUGGCGAGGAGUCGGCAGGCAGGGGGCAGGUGAGGGGGCACCGUCACAGCAAGUCCCUGCAGCACGUGCCUACUCCGCUGCCCUUGCUGCACAAUGGGGGCACAGGAGCGGGGGAACUUGGGAAUUCCGCAACGAGCAGCAGCAGAGGAGGUGGGGUGAGCGGUACUGGCAAUGCAGACGGAGGGGAUGGUGUGGUGGCAGGGGAGGGUGCGGUGGUGGCGGCAUGGGCAUGGGGAGCACCGGAUGCAGAGCGCUGGUUGGACGGCCACUCACGCCCUCCUUCCGUUGCCGGUCUUGAUCAACCCCUCACCGCACACAUCACCCUUGUGCCCACCGCCUCUCCUCCCGAGCCUGUUCAGCGUGUUAGCUCCGUGCCCGGAGCUGGUGUGCGGCCCAGAUUAGCCAAGCUGCCUGGUUCGGGAUUAGGCUCGGCGGCCAGGGGUGGUGUGGCGCCCCUGGUUGGCGCAGCAAGGAUGUUCCGCAGCGCCAGUGAGGGAGGGCCGGGGCAGAGGAAGGCAGAGCACGCGGAGGGGGCGGGAGGCACAGCAGGGGGCGCAGGUGCAGCAGCUGCGCGGCUGUCACACCUGGGGUCGUUCCGGCAGGGGCUCAGAUGGGGAGCGGGCGACGGGGGGGGAAAGGGGGCAGGCAGGGCGGAGAGAGACGCAGUGGGCAGUGCUUUGGUGGGUGGUGGAGCUGGGAGCGCAGGUGAGCGUGCAGCAGCAGGAGGAGGGAGCACGAGUGGAGGUAGCGUGCGGGUGGUGUGCCUCACAGAGGAUGUGCAUUCCGAUCGUGAUCCUUCCCCUGCCGUUGCAGCACCUGGAUCAGGCGCACACGCAGGAGAACAAGGGGCAUUGGCUGCAGCAGUAUCAUCGGGAGGAACUGGAGGCGGUGCUGUGGCGCUGGUGGGGGGGAAGGCUAUAGUGCGCGGGUCCAUCAUAUCGCCCCUGCGCACCCGUACCCCUGCUACCACCGCUGCUGCUGCUGCUGGGAGUAGCAGUCGCAGCAGCAGCAGCAGCAGCAGCCGGCGCAGCAAGGGACAGCAGCAAGAGAGUGAGUCUGCGGGUUCCUCCCCUCUCCAUGCUGCGCCUGACACCCCACACUCCCCUGUGGACAGCCCUGGUCCCUCUGCCAGCGAGCACGGCACCACGGCCUCUGUGCUCGCCCCGCUCGCCCCCGCACAGGUGGUCUUCGUGCCGCGCCUGCUGCCACCCGCCGCUGUGAGAGCACCCGCGCUGCACUCUGCACCGCGCGAGGCUGAGGGGGGACGCACUGUGGGAGCAGCAGCUGCCGCCGCUGCUGCAGCCGCCACUGCUGCUGCUGCUGGCACUGACAGUGGGUUUGGGGGGGGCAGUGGCAGUGAGGGUGGCGGGGGCAGGGUGGGGCGGCACAGGCGAGUGGAGUCGGACCCGUGUGUGGGGGCCGUGCUGAGACGCACUGGUGAAGGCCGGUGGGGCCAUGGCUCCAAGAGGAGUGGCGCGCACAGCACAGCAGGCACAGGCGCCUCAUGGGAUGUAAACGGCGGGGGGGAGGGUGAGGGAAGAGAGGGUGGGGAGUUGGGAGGGGGGAGUGGAAGUGAGGGGGGUGAUGCAGCAGAGGGUCCGGCAAAGGCCAUGGUGCUGGGCGGGAUUAUGAUUGCGAGGGGGCGCAGGGAGCACAGCACGAGCGCCCCUGCUUCUGGUGGGAGUGGCAGUCGGGGGCGACACCGCGUGGGCAAGGGGGCGAGGGGGCUGGGCGGGGGCAGGGGCGGAGGGGGUGCUGGAGAGGGAAAGGCGGAUGGAGGGGCGGAGGAUGGUGUAGAGCCUGGGGAAGGGAGUGUGGUGGAGCGAGGGGCGUGGGGCGGCAGAGGGGCGAGGGGAGUGUAUGGGAUGGACAAGGUGCUAGCACAGCUGGCACGGCUGGAAGAAGACAUGGCUGCCAAGGGUAAACCACCCCGGAAAAACAACAACAGCCGGGGAGCUGCAGAUGCUGCUGGUGGAAGUGGGGGUGGGCGCGGCAGGAAGAAGGGAGUGCGAAAGCAGAAGGGAAGGGCGCGUGAGAUGAUGGGAGGUCCUGGCGAUGGCGAUGGCAAUGGCAGUGGCGAUGGCAGUGGCGAUGGCAGUGGUGGUGUGAGAGGCACGCGAGGUGCACGGCUGAUGGGGCUGCGUGCAGCACAAACUCAUGGGCCAGCCGGGGAGGGAGCAAGAGGAGCCUUGAGAGGAGUAGCAGGUGGUGCGAAACAGCGUGACUCUGCGAGUGCCUCUGCAACGCCCACAGGGGCAGAGGGACUUGCGGGGUAUGUGGGGAAUGUGGGGGAGUGUCACGGUGACGAGUGGUCGGAGGCGGCAGCAGGAGAAAGAGGGCGAAGAAGAGAGAAGGGGGGAGGCGGAGAGAGAGACUUGGAGGUUGCACGGGGCGGCGAGAUUGGCAGCUCUGGUGGCAGCAGCAAGGUAGGGGAGCAGCGAGUGGUGGAAGGUGCAGUGGAGGAGGAUGGGGAGGACAGCGAGGCAUGGGUGCAGGAGGUGCUGCGGCGCAACAAGGCUGUGUGUAUGCGCAUGGGGGGAGGGAGGGCGCAGGGGCAUGGGGGAGAGCAGGGGGCGGACCAUGGGGAGGGCGGGGUAGAGGGGGAAGGGGGAGACGGCGGGGAGCAUGAGCAGUGUGGGAGCUACAGCGAGGAGGAGGAGGCACAGCACCGGGCAGCGCAGUGGCUGCGGCAGCAGGGCGCACCGGAGCCGUGGGCGCACGCCCUGAGCCUGCGCCUGCACCGCCUGGGCGGCAGCUGGGAGAGCGAGGACGUGGUGGUGGUUGACCACCAUGGGCGGCAGGUCGCCCCAGGGGGAGAUGCCCGGGGGAGAGGUGCACACGGGGUGGAGGGCACGGGGGGGAUGGGCGAGGGGGAGGGCCCGGAGGGGGCGGGGCGUGGGAGGAGGAGGAGGGUGGAGUAUGAGUACGGGGCGCAGUACGAGCUGCUGCGCAUCCUGAGCGGCGGGUUUGCUGUGAGCGAUGAUGAUGCCACAUCUGUGGCGUCAGGUGCAGUGGAUAUGAUGCUGGUGGACAUGGGGGGUGGUGGGGGCAUUGGGGGAGGUGGGGGCAUUGGUGGGGUUGGGGGGGGCAUGGGAGGGAGUAUGGGUUUGGGUGUGGGUGGGUUGGGGGUGGUUGGGCACACUCCCAGGGGCGUGGGGAUGCUGCGCACAGCCAGUGGGCGGUGGGGCAGUGGCGCUCUGGCAGGCCGGCUGGGGAGCGGCACCUGGGGGAGCGGGCGCCUGGGGAGUGGGCAGUGGGGGAGCGGGCAAUGGGGGAGUGGGCAGUGGGUGGGGCAUGAGGUGUGGGGGGACGUGGUUCAGGAAGGGAAGGAGGGAGAGGAGGAGGAGGAGGAGGAGGAGGAGGAGGAGGAGGAGGAGGAGGAGGAGGAGGAGGAGGAGGAGGAGGAGGAGGAGGAGGAGGAGGAGGAGGAGGAGGAAGAGGAGGAAGAGGAGGGGGGGGGAGGGAAGAGGGGGAGGGGAGGAGACACAAGAAGGGAGUGGCGAAGGUGUACGAGUGGCGAUGUGGCGGGUGGGGGAGAGGUUCGGGACUGGGAGGCGGGGAGCGAUAGAAAGGUGGCCACACAGCUGCAGCAGCGGCGGCAGCAGCAGGAAGAGAAAGAGGAGGGAGCGGAGUGGGCGGUGGGUGCAGAGGGGUGCGUGGACGGGGAGAGUGUGUGUGGGUCGCUGGUGUGUGAGGACGGCAGCAGCUGCAGAAGCGGCGGCGAGGUGCAGGGCGGGUGGCAUGCAGCGGGGAUGGAGCCCACCACUGACUCGCCUCACAUGGGUGCGUCUGUGCCUGCUGCUCGUGAUGGGGAGAACGCGUCCCUGCUGCACCACAAGAAGCAGCAGCAGCAGCAGCAGCAGCAGGGAGAGGGGCUGAAGCGGGGAGGGCAGGGAAGGGAGGAGUGGACUGGGGUGGAUGAGUGCGGGGAGGAGCAGAGCCCGGAGGAGAGGGCAAGCAGGUGUGACACGGGUGGCAGCACGGGCACCUGUGUGGUGUGGUCUGUGGGCAGCCGGAACCAGCACGGCUUCCCUCUGUGGGAGGAGCCCUCUCCUCGGCCCUCGGAGUGUGUUAGGGAGGGGGUUGAAGAUGCAGAGGAGGUGGAGGAUGGGUAUGGAGAGAGGAUGAAUGACUUGAAGGCCCAUGUGGGAAGCAAUGGCCAUUUUGUGGGGAAUGGGGGGGAGAGAGAGGAGAAUGAGUUUGAGGGGGAAGGGGAUGAGAACGAUGAUGGGGAUAUGGGAUUGUGCAUGGAGGAGAGCAUGAUGCUGAUUGAAUUUCCACCUUGUUCCACACCCCCAUGCACAUCUCUCCUUGUUCCCAAUCUCACCUCCUCGCCCUCACCGCACGUGUGCUCUUCCCGUUUUCUCCGCGCUUCACGCACUUUUUCCGCUCCCCGCAUCGCGCUCAUCCGCCGCUGUGAUCGCGCCAUGCUGGACGAUGACGUGUUCGAUGACGUGGAUGGAGGCGGCGCGGACUUCAGGGAGUGGGACCGCGAGGCGCAGGUUCGCCGCGACAACUUCGUCAAGCUGGGGUACCGCGACGGCAUAACGGCGGGCAAGGAGGCGGCGGCGCAGGAGGGGUUCAACGCGGGGUUCCGCGAGAGCUGCGCACACGGUUUCCGCUGGGGGCACGCCCGAGGACUCGCCAGUGUGCUCUCCGCGCUGCCCCCAGACGUGGCAUCCCACGUGCGCGUGCCCUCCGCGCCCCGCCACUGCAUGGCGCAGCUUGCCCGCGCCAUGGCGCUGCAGGGCGGGGAGGUGGGGGGGGUAGAGGGGCAGAGAGCGGAGGGGAGUGGGGAAGGGGGAGGGCGGGGCAGUGAGGGCGGGGUGGGCGGUGAAGAGGGGGGAGCGCGAGCAGAGGAAGCAAGCACUCGUGUGGUUACAGCUGCCCUGGCUGCUGUUACUGUGGGGACUGGGGAAGAGGAAGGAGAGGCAAUCGGACCAAGGGGAGGAGAGGGUGGCAGCACGGAGCAAGGGGUUUGUGCGAGUGGGGAGCCAGGCGCACCAGGUGCAGCACAGGGCAGGGCCUGUGGGGGCGGAAAGGGAACUGCUGCUGGGAACUGCUGUGGUGGCGGUGGGUGUGGCAGUGGCCCUGGCAGUGGCAGUGGCAGCGGAAGUGGCAGUGCGUGCGACAGUGGGACAUGUGAAGCAGGGGCGCAUGCCUCGUGUGCCUGCCAGCGUGCGUCUAGAGGCGACUGUGGUGGAACCGGUGUUGCUGACAGUGCAUCAGAUGGUGCUGCAUCGGCUGAACAUUUCUCACAUGGGCCCGUGGCGGAUAGGGCAGAAAGGACUAGCGUAGCAGGGGAGGAAGGCGAGAUUGUGUUGCAUGGGGACAGUUUGGAUGCUGCAAGUGCAGGAGGACAGGGUGAAGAAAGACGGAAAAUGGAUGGACAAGCGAGGGACAGGGUUGCUGCAGUCACAGCUGAUUCACUCACAACCGAUGCAGCCACUCCUGGUGGGACCAUGCAAGGGGAGCGUCAUCUUGCGGCAGCAAUGCAGCUGGUGAGCAGCCUGCAUGCAUCCAUGCAUGCACCCGCACACCCUGUUGCUGCUGCAGGUGAUGCCGUGCCGGCAACAAACAGCGGAGGUGAGGCGGGGGUUGCUACUGCAGCUGUGAGUGGUGAUGCAUCCAUGCCAGCUGGCAGUGUGGCACAGGCUGGCAGGGAGAGCGGAGCAGCUGGACCUGCGGAGCCAAGCCCUCUGUGGAGGAUGGUGGGGGAAGGGGCUUUGGUGGUGGGAGGGACCAAGGUGGGUGGGGGUGUGGCAGAGGGUGCAUUGGCAGGGGCAUCGGCGGUGUCAGUAGUGCAAGGCGUGCACGCCUCUGUGGUGGCAGGAGUGGCAGCACUGCUGGGGGAUGAUGCAGGGAGAGUGCCGGGAGGAUGGACAGACAUUCUAGACGGUUGA